CGGCCUGGCCGGGGCGGGGCGGGCGGCCUGGCGGGCGUGGGGUGGGGUGGAGGGGCGGUGAGGAGUCAGGUGCAGCCGCGGCCCGGAAAGUUUCCUUUUAGGCCCGAAUUGGGGACUGGCCUCCUUUCGGGGAGCCCCGGUCCUAGCACUCGCGACCCCCGAGGGCGUGGGGGAGAGCACUCGGCUAUUUUGAAACUCUUUGCCAGUUCCUGUCCGUGGAAGACAAUCUGCUUCAUCUUGAUUCUGCAGCAUUCCAAACUGUGGUAUCCUUGGGGUUCUCUUAACAUUGCUAUGGUGCAGAAGAUUUAAAAUCAGCUGAUGUUCACAAGGAAUAGAGUCACGUGAUGUAUGAAGGGAAACAUAUACACUUCUCUGAGGUUGACAAUAAGCCCUUGUGCUCAUAUAGCCCCAAACUGUGCAAGCAGCGGCGACUCAACGGCUACGCUUUCUGUAUCAGACACGUUCUGGAGGACAAGACUGCCCCCUUCAAGCAAUGUGAAUAUGUGGCCAAGUAUAACAGCCAGCGCUGCACCAACCCCAUCCCCAAAUCCGAGGACCGCAGGUACUGCAACAGCCACUUGCAGGUACUUGGCUUUAUCCCGAAAAAAGAGAGGAAGAAAAAGAAUGAUCCUAUAGAUGAGGUAAAGGUCAGGCACCAGAUGGAUACCAUGGCCUUCAGCCUGACGGUGCCCACGCUGGCCUUGAAGAUGCCCAAUGGACUGGAUGGAAUGUCCCUCUCUCCACCGGGGGCAAGGGUCCCUCUCCACUACCUGGAAACCGAGUUAGAAGACCCCUUUGCUUUCAACGAGGAAGACGAUGACCUAAAGAAAGGGGCAACUGUGAGAAAGAAGUUGCAGAGCAAGUUGGCCCAGAAUCGGCAGUGCCAGAGAGAGACAGAGAUUUUAAAAGUUCGGCAAGAGCACUUUAGUCCCCCUCCUGCACCUUCUCAGCAGCAGCCUCCGCAGCCGCACUCCCGCCUGUCACCUUUGUCCACUUCUUUAAAACCUCCACCGCCACCGCAGGGUUUAGUCUGCAAGUCACCUCAACCUCAGAACACCAGCCUACCAAUGCAGGGAGUGGCCCCCACCACGCACACUAUAGCACAAGCGAGGCAGUUGUCCCACAAGAGGCCUCUGCCCCUCCUGCCAUCCAGUAGGGCUCCCGUCGUGGACCCCCCCAGGACUGACCGGGUCCUUAUGAAAGCCACCGCCUUCUCUCCACACUUCUCCUGUAUAAGUCGACUGCAGAGACUGGUGAAACUGUGUACCCAGAAACAUCAGUUGGACACUGAUCUGUUUCCCCAUCUAGGUUUAGACUGGUCUGAAGAGAGUGGAGAAGAGCUGGAGGACUCAGAGCAGGCCUCACCCUACCAGGUUGCCUGGUCCAUCCGAGAGACCCUCAGAUACGGAAGACACACGUCGGAUGAUGAUGACACGGAGAGUAGGAGCUCCAGGGUGACCCAACUUUGCACUUACUUUCAGCAGAAAUAUAAGCACCUCUGCCGCCUGGAGCGGGCAGAAUCUCGGCAAAAGAAAUGCCGGCACACGUUUAGGAAGGCCUUGCUGCAGGCGGCCAGUAGAGAGCCAGAAGGUACUGGCCAGUUGAUCCAAGAACUGCAGAGAGCUGCAUGCAGUCGAACCAGCAUAAGCCGGACCAAGUUGAAGGAGGCGGAGCCGGCAGCAUGCAGUGGGACCGUGAAGGGUGAACAGUGCCCCAACAGGGCCCUUCCAUUCACCAGACACUGUUUCCAACAUAUCCUCUUGAACCGCUCCCAGCAACUAUUCUCAAGUUGCACGGCCAAGUUUGCAGAUGGACAGCAGUGCUCUGUGCCCGUUUUUGACAUUACACACCAGACGCCUCUGUGUGAAGAACAUGCCAAAAAAAUGGAUAAUUUCUUAAGAGGAGAUAGCUCCCGUAAAGUUCAGCACCAGCAGCAGAGGAAACCCAGGAAAAAAACCAAGCCUCCUGCGCUUACCAAAAAACACAAGAAGAAGAGAAGGCGUGGACCUCGUCGACCCCAGAAACCCAUCCCCCCUGCAGUCCCCCAGGGGAACCUCAGCAUGCCCACCAGCGUCUCACUGCCAGUGGAGGCCUCUCAGAUCCGGAGCCCAUCCACGCCAGAGCUGAGUGCUGAUGAGUUGCCGGAUGACAUUGCCAAUGAGAUCACCGACAUUCCACACGACUUGGAAUUGAACCAGGAGGACUUUUCAGAUGUCCUGCCACGGCUACCUGAUGACUUACAAGAUUUUGAUUUUUUUGAAGGAAAGAACGGAGACCUCCUCCCCACCACCGAAGAGGCUGAGGAACUUGAACGGGCCUUGCAGGCCGUGACUUCUCUCGAGUGCCUGAGUACCAUUGGGGUGCUCACCCAGUCAGAUGGUGUGCCCGUCCAGGAGUUGUCAGAUAGAGGAAUAGGGGUUUUCUCCACAGGGACUGGAGCGUCAGGAAUUCAGUCCUUGAGCCGAGAGGUAAAUGCGGACCUGGGGGAGCUGUUGAAUGGGCGAAUCGUACACGACAAUUUUUCUAGUCUAGAGCUGGAUGAGAACCUGCUCCGUUCUGCUACCUUGUCUAACCCACCUACACCCCUGGCAGGGCAGAUCCAGGGGCAGUUCUCUGCCCCAGCCAACGUUGGCCUUACUUCUGCCACUCUGAUCAGCCAGAGUGCACUUGGGGAGAGAGCCUUCCCAGGACAGUUUCAUGGACUUCAUGAUGGCAGCCAUGCCUCCCAGAGGCCACAUCCUGCCCAGCUGCUGAGCAAGGCAGAUGACCUAAUCACCUCACGACAGCAAUACAGCAGUGAUCAUUCACACUCCUCGCCCCAUGGAAGCCAUUAUGAUAGCGAGCAUGUGCCGUCUCCCUACAGUGACCAUAUCACCUCUCCCCACACAACAUCUUACUCGGGUGAUAAUAUGGCAGCUACCUUUUCAGCAGAGAUGCCCAUCAUGGCGCAGCACUUGCUCCCAACCCAACUUGAGGUGCCACUUGGAGGAGUCGUGAACCCCAGAACUCACUGGGGCAAUCUCCCUGUCAACCUUGGAGAUCCCUCUCCAUUUAGCAACCUUCUCGGCGCAGAUGGACAUCUUCUUUCCACUUCCCUAUCCACGCCACCCACCACUUCGAACUCAGAGACCACACAGCCUGCCUUCGCCACCGUGACCCCCAGCAGCUCCAGCGUGCUUCCGGGGUUACCGCAGACCAGCUUCAGUGGCAUGGGGCCUUCUGCUGAACUCAUGGCCUCCACCUCUCCCAAGCAGCAACUCCCUCAGUUCAGCGCAGCCUUCGGCCACCAGCUGAGUUCUCACAGUGGCAUUCCUAAGGACCUGCAGCCCAGCCACAGCUCUAUAGCCCCUCCUACAGGCUUCACAGUAACAGGUGCCACAGCUACAAGUACCAAUAAUGCGUCUUCUCCCUUUACCUCCCCUAACUGAGCGUGUCUGUGUGUUUGCAGGCAGGUGGGGAACCUGGUGUUUUCUAUCUUUUUUUUCCUCCUUAUCACCCCUCCCCCCUUUUCCUAAAGAAGAUUUUAAACAUAACAGGUGGGGACUAGAGGAGAACUCCCUUUUCCAGUUGAACAAGUCGCCCUGCAGCGGACCUCGCCUCAGUGUUCACAUGUGCUCCUGCGCACUGGUGCUCAUUCCCUCCUGGCAGGUCCGCUCUCCCGCCGUGGUUUCCUUAGUGGCUCAGCACAGUGACUGGAUAGAAUCGAUUUUUAGCAGCAAGUCCUAGAAGUGGAAGAUACCUCAGAUUACCAGUGCCCUUUACUAUUUCCUAGUAUUCAGAUCAGUGCUUUCCAUUCUAUUACCAGGUCUUUACAUGGGUGGUUCUAGGGAGAAUGGUCCUGUUCAUCGAGUUCCUGUGUAAGAGAUAGCAAAUGUCUGUGGAGGCAGAUCGGGGCCCUGGCUGGGCGCCAACUGCCGAACACCACAUGAGGCCAGGAUUCCAUUCCUAAUUGUGAUCACGUUUAAUUAAAAAGAAAAAAAUUA